ACAGAAGCCACUGCCGCGUGGAUCUCGCCUCAGAAGCAUCCGGGAAAGAGUGUGAGCGUGUGCGAGUCUUUGUGAAACGCAUUCAUCGGAAUACAAAAAUUCCAAGAAUUCCAUAAAAACACAGAAGGGAGAAGAAACAACAAUGUCAAGUACAAUCAUGAGACGAAACUCCAGCAAGCAGGGUCUGCAAAACCUCCUUAGAGUGACGGCCCAGCGCAGUGUUGAAGAUGCAGAAGAAAUCGAGAGGGAAAGACGACGUAGGGCACGGGAAGCCUUCCGCAAACAAGAGAACCUAUCUGGAUCAACGGGGUCCCCUCAGGACAGCGUGACCCCUCCCGAGGCCAGCCCCUACGAAAGUGAUUUCAAACCCAGCAACCCUACUGCUCUCGACGAAGAUGAGGGCUUUAGCGACUGGACCCAAAAGCUGGAAAGAAGAACACAAGCCAAAACGGAAGUGAACGGCCACACUGAAGAGUCACCAGAUGAGGACAGAAGACUUCUCGCAAUGUCUUUGCAGAAGACUAGCUUGACCAACUCAAUACCGCAUAAACAAACCCCAGACAGGGAGCAGGAGGUGGAAGAUGUCAAGGAGAAAAGACCAGCGAGAAGAAGCACCGAGAGGCGUGAGAGAUCAGAGGAAGGGCACGAUAUCAAUGAAAUCAAAGGGAACAAAGAGGAAAAAAAAUCACCAUUAGAAAACAAGAUGAAAAAGGCAAGGAGUGAGGUGAAAGUGUCUUACACUUCUAAGGUCUUCCUACAGCAAGACAAGAUGCCUAAUGGCAACGAAGAAGCAGCUGUAGAGGAACGUACAUCACAGCUUAUAAAAACCAAAAGAUCUCCAAGAAGCAUAGGUGUGCACCACACCCUUGAGUCUAAAAAAGAGAUGGACACCGGUCUGGAGACAGAAAUGAAGCUAGAGAAGAUUCGACGCAGCCAUCAGGAGAAGGAAAGUCAGGAGAUGGAGCAACUUCGCCAGCGUCAGGUCGAGGCUGAGCUGGAGCUUGAGGAACUGAAGAAGAAGAGAGAGGAACGCCGUCGAUUCCGUGAGGAGGAGGAACAGAGAAAGGAGGAAGAGGAACAGCAGAAAUUAACCAUAAAAGAAGAGGAGAAGAAGCAGAUGAAGGAGGAGAUUGAGAGAAGGAGGAUGGAGGCGGCAGAGAAAAGAAUGAAGAAUCUCAACGUCUCCGUCACAGAUGGAGAUGAUCCAUUUAACCCUCUGAACCCCAAAAGUCCAACUGCUAAGAUCACAGAGAGAACAGAGUCUCUGAACCGAUCUUUAAAAAAGAGUAACAGCUUUAAGAAGACCCAGAGACCCGUGCUACUGCCCAAGAUUGAUGACAAACUGGAGCAAUACACACAGGCAAUAGAGAUCUCCUCCAAAGAAAUAAAGAUGAACAAAGCAGCGUCGGUGGACAUGCCAUGUGUGUCUGCUCCGGUGGCAUCUAAGAAGAAUCUGUUUGAAGCAGGGGAGGCCUGGAAUCAAACCACCCCGAAAGGCACACCCACGAAGGACACAGACUGUGUGAAAGUGGGUGUGGCGACCCUUAUCAACCAUUGGGUGAAAGGUAGUCCAGAGGACGGGAACAAAAGCUCCCAUUCCACACCAUCUGAUGUCAAACCUGGAGAUGUUCUGCAGAAAAAGAACAUGUGGGAAGUUAUCGGGGAAGCAGAGAAAUCAGGGCUGGGAGGAAAGGGCUCCUCUUCGGGUAAACGGUACAAGUUUGUUGUGACGGGACAUGGCAAAUACGAGAAGAUCUCCAUUGAUGGUGAUCAUUACAUUGUCUACCCGAAUGGAAAAUCAAGUGAUUUUUCCUCUGAAGACCUUUGAGGAGUCAUAUCUGAGGACUUCGGAUACACCUUUACAUUCCUCUAGGGUUAUCCACAGAGACUUUGGGUUUGUUACUUUGAGUCAUUAAUGACAUAUAUACCAGAGUAUGACAAACACCUUAAACGCAAAAGAGUAAUAAAUUACAAUUUAUGUUCGCACUUUUCUGCCUUACAUUUUUACAAUGUUAAUUUUCUUGCUGUUGUAAUGUCCAGUUUAAGGAAAUUUUCCCUCUAAACAAAAAAGUAUUUUAUUGUCACAUAUACAACUUUUAGCAAAAUUACUCUCAGAAAUGUGUUUUAUACAUAAUCCAUUGACUAUUUUUUUAUUUUGCCUCAGUAUUUCUUGCAUUAUUUGAGUUGAUAUUACAGAAUGCCUUUCUAUUGGUUAUAAAUGAAUGAGUAUGAAUUGAAUGUAAAUGUAAAAUAGGCAUAGUACAUGCUGUUUUUCACAUAUAUUUUGUAUCGAUUAUCUAUGCUGGCUUUUAAAUACCCGGACAUAUUUUACCUUUGUAUAAAUAACAAAUAAAUAAUAUUUAACUAAUACAGUUGAAACCCCCAAAAUGAAUAUGAAAAAAGCAAACUCUGCUCCUCCAAAUUCUACCGGUGAUUUUUAUUUUCAAGCUAUUUGAAUUGUUAUCUUCUGAUGUAUGUUAUACAAAUAUAUCGUUUAUUUUCUCUGUAUAUUUUCUUUAUAGUUCUGCAAAAUGACUACACUUGGUUUUCAAGAAAACACUGGAAUUAGUCCAUGUAUCAUAUUUAUAUUAAUAAAUCAAACAUGUUUCUUUAGUUAUAAGCAUUUUGCCUCCCAGUGAUAUUCAGAGGUGCUAAAACAUAAGAAUGUGAUGUAGUCAUAGCAGCUUUUUAUUACUGUUUUCAAUAAAUUUGAUAUUUUGUGUAAUUCUUAAAA